AUGUCGCGCGUUUACAAGCCAUCCAAUUAUGUCGUCGAAAAAUCGCGUAUACCAUCUUUCGACAAAUACAAAGAGAUGCAUAAAAAAUCUCUUGACAAUCCGGAAGCGUUUUGGUCGGAAAUAGCGGACGAAUUCUAUUGGCAAACACCACCCCAGCCCGGCAAUUUCAUGUCAUACAAUUUUGAUUUAAGUAAGGGCAAUAUUUUUAUCAAAUGGAUGGAGGGCGCCGUCACCAACGUAUGCUUUAAUCUCCUGGACCGCAACGUGAGGAAUGGAUAUGGAGAUAAAAUCGCAUAUUAUUGGGAAGGGAAUUGCCCUGAUGACUACAGCCGUGUAACGUACCGUAAAUUGAUGGAUCAAGUGUGUCAGUUCGCCAACGCUCUCCGAGAUUGCGGCGUCGGUAAAGGCGACAGGGUCUCCAUAUACAUGCCCAUGAUCCUGGAGACUGUGGUGUGCAUGCUCGCGUGCGCAAGGAUAGGAGCCAUACAUUCCGUCGUGUUCGCAGGAUUCUCCUCAGAUUCUCUAGCGGAGAGAAUGUCGGACUGCAAAGCUAAGGUUCUAGUGACAUCGGAUGGGGCAUGGCGCGGAGAAAAGCUCCUGGUACUUAAAAAUAUAUGCGACGAGGCGAUGGAGAAAGCCAAGAUCAAACACAAACACGAGGUGCCACUAUGCAUUGUCGUGUCCCAUUUAGGACGAGUCACCCCCUGUGGGCCAUUGCCUGACGACAUCACAACCUUGUACAAGUGGGAUGGCGAUAGAGAUGUGUGGUGGCAUGAUAUCGUGGAGGGCCAGUCUACCAUCUGCCCACCAGAAUGGAUGAACGCCGAGGAUCCCCUAUUCAUGUUAUAUACUAGUGGUUCUACGGGCAAACCAAAAGGCGUCCUCCACACCACUGCCGGAUACUUGACGUAUGCUACUGCAACUUUGCGUUACGUAUUCGAUUACCAGGAGAAGGAUAUAUAUUGGUGUACCGCUGAUGUUGGCUGGAUUACUGGUCAUACUUACGUCGUGUAUGCGCCACUGGCUAACGCCGCCACCUCAGUUAUGUUUGAAGGUACCCCGUUCUAUCCGGACAAUGAUCGUUACUGGGCUCUUGUUGAAAAGUAUAAGGUCACCCAGUUCUACACAGCUCCUACUGCCAUCAGGGCACUCAUCAAAUUUGGAGAUGACUUCGUAAAAAAGCACAACUUGAGCAGCCUAAGGGUUUUGGGCAGCGUCGGUGAGCCUAUCAACCCUGAAGCCUGGUUGUGGUACUACAAUUUGGUUGGUAGCGGCCGUUGCUCCAUCGCUGACACCUUCUGGCAAACAGAGACAGGUGGCCACGUAAUCACCACCCUGCCUGGCGCCACUCCCAUGAAACCAGGCUCUGCAGGAUUUCCUUUCUUUGGUGUGGAACCAACCCUGUUGGAUGACAAUGGCAAAGUAAUCGAGGGUCCCGGUGAAGGCUACCUGGUGUUCUCCCGGCCCUGGCCCGGUAUCAUGAGAUCUCUUUUCGGGGACCAUGAUCGUUAUGAAAAAGUCUAUUUCUCCAAAUUUCCUGGUUACUACUGCACCGGAGAUGGAGCUAAAAGAGACGAAGAUGGCUUUUUAUGGGUAACUGGGAGGAUAGACGACAUGCUCAAUGUAUCUGGUCAUCUGAUGUCCACCGCUGAAGUAGAAGGAGUGCUCACAGAGGAAGCAAGGGUGUCUGAAGCCGCCGUAGUGUCCAAACCACAUCCAAUAAAAGGAGAAUCACUUUAUUGCUUCAUUAGCCUCAACGAAGGCGCAUCCUUUGACGUAGAUCUCGUUAAUAGUCUGAAGAAGUUGGUCAGACAGAGGAUCGGUGCAUUCGCUGCACCUGACGUCAUACAGUACGCUCCAGGACUGCCAAAAACAAGAUCAGGAAAAAUUAUGCGAAGGAUAUUGCGGAAGGUAGCUCUUGGUGAUAGAGACAUUGGAGACACGUCCACUUUAGCUGAUCCCAACGUAGUCGAAGAGCUAUUCAAAAAUAGACCUUAA